CAAGAGACGUUUAGUUUGGCGCAAGAGCGCGCCGGGAACCUGAGAGCGCGCCUGGUCAGUAGCGAAAUGCCGUCAACACGGUGCUCGGUAAACUUUGAAAAGAAACGAGAGUGAACGAAGAAGUUUGUGGACACGCUUUGACAGUCAUUUCAACAUGGGUUUACUUCUAUAAUGGGAGGAAUAGAGAACCCAUCUGAGACAGCUAUAUUACACAUCAUAACCCCGGCAUCGUCCCCGUCAAUGACUGCAGGCAUGGCCCUGUUCAAGCAGCAGACAGUGGAGGAUUUCUACGACAUCGGAGAAGAAUUAGGAAGCGGUCAGUUUGCCAUCGUGAAGCGUUGCUGGGAGAAGAGCACAGGUCUGGAGUUCGCUGCUAAAUUCAUCAAGAAACGUCAGAGCAGAUCCAGCCGGCGGGGGGUCAGGAGGGAGGAGAUAGAGAGAGAGGUCAACAUCCUACAGCAGACACAACACCCCAACAUAGUCACCUUCCACGAUGUCUACGAGCACCGUACUGACGUGGUGCUCAUCCUGGAGCUGGUGUCAGGGGGAGAGCUGUUUGACUUCCUGUCCCAGAAGGAGUCUCUGAAACCCCACCUCUUCAAGGAAUACCUGGGAUAGGAUAAAGUAAUCCUUCUAACCCCCCCCUUAAAAGAUUUAGAUGCACUAUUGUAAAGUGGUUGUUCCACUGGAUAUUAUAAGGUGAAUCCACCAAUUUGUAAGUCGCUCUGGAUAAGAGCGUCUGCUAAAUGACUAAAAUGUAAAUGUAAAAAUGAGUGAAGAGGAGGCUACUCAGUUCAUCAAACAGAUCCUGGAGGGGGUCCACUACCUCCACUCUAGGAAGAUAGCACACUUUGACCUCAAGCCUGAGAACAUCAUGCUGUUGGACAAAAAUGUGCCCUUGCCAAGGAUCAAACUAAUCGAUUUUGGACUCGCUCACAAAAUCGAGGCGGGAGCAGAGUUUAAAAACAUUUUUGGGACUCCUGAAUUUGUGGCCCCAGAGAUAGUGAACUACGAACCACUGGGACUGGAGGCAGAUAUGUGGAGUAUAGGAGUCAUCACCUACAUCCUGCUGAGUGGAGCGUCUCCCUUCCUGGGAGAGACUAAACAGGACACGCUGGCCAACAUCUCAGCCAUGAACUACGAGUUUGACGAGGAGUUCUUCUGCAGAACCAGUGAGCUAGCCAAAAGCUUCAUACGGCAGCUACUGGAGAGGGACAAGAUGAAGAGAUUAACUAUUCAAGAUGCCCUCAACCAUCCCUGGAUCAAGUCUAAUGAGUACAAGGAGGAGACCUCCAGCACCAAGACCCCGGACCAGAGCAAGACCCCCAAGAAGCGCGAGCGCCGGCAGCUGAAGACCAAACGUCUCAAGGAGUACACCAUCAAGUCCCACUCCUCCAUGCCCCCCAACAACACCUACGUCAACUUCGAACGCUUCGCCCAGGUAGUGGAGGACAUCAGCCAGAUGGAGGGCUCCUUCACUGGGCUAGCCUCGGCCCACGACUCCCUGCAGGAGGACAUCGACGCCUUGGUCUCCGUCUACAACCACAAGGAGUCCUGGUACAAGGAGGAGAGCGAGAGGGUCCGUCACCAGCUGUCUCAGAUCCGCUAUGAGUUCCGUAAAGUGGAGGCGAUGAAGAGAAGCCUGCAGGAUGAGAUGAAGGUGGUGGAUGUUAGCGUCAGUGACGUUAGCGCCCGCUACCAGGAGAGGAAGAGACACUUUGACGCCCUGAGACAGGAGCUGAGCGACGAGCUGAAGUGGGUGCAGGACGUGGUGGGGUCGUCAGGGGUCGCGGACGGAGUCACGGACGGGGUCGGUGGGUUUGGAGGAGGAGGGGGGUACCUCAACUGUAACUUCUCCACUGUGUUUAAUAAUGACGUGAAUGAGGCACUGAAGGAAAUGCUGAACAGAAGCUGUGGAGGAGAUCUGCUGUCUGGGAUCAGCCUGAACCUCACUGAGUCUGGACUGAAGAGAUAGUAUUGUAUUGUAUUGUAUUG